AUCCGGAAAACUGCUAUGGGUCCCCGACGCGGUUUUGUGUACACCGUCGGUCCUUUUUAAAUCUUAGCAUUUUAUUGAUGAUUUUAUUUAGACAUGAAAGUAUUUUAGUUUUUUUUGUUGGCAAGAGUAUCGCUGUUUUGACCAAAGAUAAACAAGCAGCCAUUGACAGGAGUGAGAACUUCUCAGGAAGGUAAACAAUAAACAUAAUGGAUGGUGGCUCCGCGGGUUCAUCGAGGUUAAAAUGGACAGAAUCAAAGACCGGAAGUAAGAUGGUGAGUUGUAGCCUACAGUUUGACGAGUCCAGUGACGAUGACCUUGAGAAGUUGAUGACCCCGAGCUCCAAGCGGAAGCUGGACUUGUCACAUGUAUCACAUAUGUCGCACAUGUCGAUCGCCUCUCCCAUGCAGGAAUACGUAUCACCUUGCUUCCAGGAACUGUUCCAGAGCAAUGGACCCCGACCAAAGAGAUUCCGUUCAUUCGAAAGCAGGAAAAAUCUGUUUCAAUCAACUGUCAAAAAUCAGUUCUCCGAAUCAAUUGGAGCGAGUGAAUGCAAAGAAAACCAUUCGCCGGAUGUAGCACGUGAACAGAAGGACAAAACCGGAGACGGUAAAUUUCCGCUUUGUCUCCCCACCAUCCCGGGGAACGUCCAGGACCUCCACACCAUCACCCCCCAGAUACUGUCAGAUCUCCUACAGGGAGUUUACAAGGACACUGUCCAGUCGUUCCGCAUCAUCGACUGCAGGUACCCGUAUGAAUAUGCGGGUGGACAUAUCAAGGGAGCGGAAAAUAUUUUUACUGAGGAAGGGAUCCUUCAUCUCCUGCACCAGAAGAAGAGUCAUACAGAGAACGGACGCAGCAUCCUGAUCUUCCACUGCGAGUUCUCCUCAGAGAGAGGGCCCAGAAAAUGUCGUUUUCUACGAAACAAAGACCGUCAGUUAAACAAGGACAAGUACCCCAAUCUCAACCAUCCGGAGGUCUACCUUUUACACGGAGGGUAUAAAGCCUUCUACCAAAAUUACAAGGAACUUUGCGAGCCUCCUUCUUACGUGCCCAUGUUACACAAGGAACAUGCAAACGACCUGAGGGUAUUCCGAAAGAAGUCGAAAUCAUGGACUGCAGGCGAAAAGAAGCAGUAUGCCUUAAUGAACAUUCAGAUUUAAAGAUGUGUAUGAACCAAGCUGAUGUGGUUGUAAAUAGUGCUGAAAUAGUAGUUCUAGUGUUUUAUUUCAUACUGUACUUAAAUAAGAAGUACGGUUAAAGGGAUUUGAUUUCUUAUCUUUAAGGGUAGGGGUUAUAAAAGGUUUGGUUAUUUUGUUUUUAAAGUUUGCAAGAACAACAAUUUGUCUUAAACCUGUACAAUAAAUUUCAACUCCCAUAAAUAAAAGUGAACAAUAUAA